CUUCCCUGCUCCUCUGAGGACCCGAAUUCCCUUCCUCUCUGCUGCUUGCUUGCUCUCUCCUCUGCAAACAGAGCCAGCUGCAUUGCUCGGGUCCUGUGACCUUCUGGAGAGAGGCAGGCGGUUAGGAAACUCAUUUCCGAUCAUUGUUGGAGGCUUUGGAUGGGGGGUCUAGGAGAGGCAAGGGAGGGAAAUUCCAGGGACCCUAAAGCAACUCUCCUAUAACUUUAAAGCAGAACUCUUCAGAUUCAUAAAAGGGAAGCAGCACAAGUGUUGAGCUAACUGUGAGGAGACAUGAUUUUAAAGCUGCUCAUUCUGUUGUCCCUGGCAGUGCUGGUCCGCUCUGACCUAAGAGCGAGGGACCCAGGGUUAGAGGAGGAACCCGAGGAGGAGCUCCUGAAACGGGGUGACUGGCACCCCCAACACCACUUUGGGGUACAGCCUGAGACGCAUGGGUUUGUGACCCCUGGGGAACCCCCAGCAGAAAGCGCACCAGAGCUUGCGCCUCCCACAGGAGAGACAGCAACACAGCAGCUUACAACCCGGACCGGGAACUGGUGUGCCUUCGUCCACUCUCGCAUGGUGACCACCGUGGUGUCCUGCGGCACAGAACAAUACACCAUCCGAUCCCAGAAGCCCUGCCCCUAUGGCACUCCUGACUGCCAGCUCGUAAUGUACAAGCUGUCCCUGAGGCCAGUGUAUCGGGAGAAGCAGAAGGUCUUCACAGCACUGCAGUGGAAGUGCUGCCCUGGACACACGGGAGCACACUGCGAGGAGACAGUUGCAGCUUCGAGCUACGUGUCUGUACCAAUCCAGCAGGGAGCAGGAAGCAGGGAGCAGGAAUCUCACCAGUCUCCAGGCCCAGAUCCAGGGAAGGUGAUGCGGACAGCUGGAGAAGAGAGAGGUCUGCAGAAUGAUAUCCAGCACACAGGUAGCUUGCUGCAGGACCUUCACUCACUACUGGGGGAAAACAGGACCUUCGGGCUGGACCUGAACCAGAACAGAACAGACUCGGCUGACCCGCUGUCUCUCCUGGCCCAGCUGCUCCUGCCUCACCUGGAGGUCCUGGUGAAGGAACAUGUGCAGAGGGCGUGGGACGGCUUCAAUAAGAGCUUGCAGAGUGUGUCUCGAGAGGUGGGGGGGCUGGCCCGUGAAGUGGAGGUGCUGCGAAGUGAGCCGGGGAGGGGGGAGGAGGGAAGGCAGCACGUCGAGUCGAAGCUGCAGGAGAAUGUGUACAAGCUGGACCAGCUGGGGGCGCUACUGAGCUCCCAGGGCUGGGAGCUGCAGGACAAGCUUCACUCCCAGCAGGCCGCAUUCCACUACAACCUGACCGCCAUCAAGACAGAAACGGACGUCAAGGUGAAGCGCAACCAGAAGAUGAUCCAGGUGAAGCUACAGGCGCUCAACAGCUCCCUGGCUGAGGUGAAGAGGGAGCAGGAGAGGCUGGGAGAGGAGCUCCACAGGCAGAGACAAAGCAGGAGAGAGGAGGGGGAGGAGGAGGGUGGUGGUGUGGGAGGACAGAGCGGACUGGGUGGGGUCGAGCCCAGUGUUUGGGAAGCAAUCCGGCGGCUGGAGCACAAGGUGUUGGAGAACUCUAGGAACGUGACCUACCUUGCGGAGGAGAAUGACUUCUCCGCGCAGAACAUCCAGGACUUGCAGAGGGGGUUCCGAAACCUGGAGAGCGCCCUGCAGGAGACAGCCAGGGAGAUCCGUGUGCUGUUCAUGGAGUCUGGGCUGACAGUGGAGGACAGUAAGGUGGAGGUGCUGCAGGGGGUGAGGGGGCUGGCAGCCAACCUGAGCGCCCUGGAGAGCCAGCUGAGAAACAUCUGCGCCAAGGUGGAGGAGUUCUCACUGGACAUCGAUGACCUCUACGGCCUCUACCCCAGCCACUGCAACUGCCAGAGCCUGGCCGCAGAGCUGGCCCUGCUAGGAGAUGAGCUGAGGGAGGAACUGAGGAAUUGCACCCGGGUCACAGAGAACAAUAGGCACAAACUGGAGGACGCCAGCCAUGGGGCCUGGAGGCCGGGCCUCACCAGCUCCGUGGAGGACCUGAUCAUGGGUCUACAGCAGGUGCAGCGCUCCCUGGCCUUCGAGCAGGAGAAGCACAGUGCGCUGCAGCUCAACGUGUCCCAGGUACAGGAGGCCGGGCUGGGGCUGCAGCGUGAGGUGAGCAGGCUGCGGGACAGGGAGGGGCACUGGACCACGGAGAUCCAGAGGCUGUCCAGUUCGUUCCAGUCACUGCUAGGGGAUGUUGUGAGACAUGCCGAGGUGCUGGAGGCCCUGCUGGGGGCGGACGUGCUGGAGUUCACCAGCGAGAUGUCCUCACAGCUGGGGGAGCUCUCUGUCCCUGCCCUGGAAGAGAGUGUGAGGGAGACCCUGACCAGGCUCCGGGCACACAACUCCAGCCUGGUGUCCCUGGAGAGGAGGGUGGAGGGGUUGCUGCUGAAUCUAGGGAGGGAGAGGAGUAAACAGGCUGCUCCCCCCUUAUCCACCAGCGAGGGGCCUCCCAGUGGAGACUCCAGAGCUGUGGAGCGCAGGAGUGGAGACCUGAGGCUACUGGAGCCACCAAUGGGGGAGCUACACAGAGAGCUCUCAGCCCUGGAGGGGAUGCUGAAGGCUCUAGGGGGCCAGGUGAGGAGACUGGAGAAGCAACAGCAGCCCUGCCCCCAGUCCUGCUGUAACUGUACUGCAGUGCCCCCUGGUGGUUGGACAGAGGAGCUGCAGAAACUCAGGCAGGAUCUGGAGAGCCAUGUGCAGGUUUUCCACAGAGUCUUCAGGGACGCAGAGGCACUGGCUGCCUCCAACGUGACUGUGGAUCUGAGCCGGCUGUGGCGCGCAACUAGGAAGAUGGAGAGGAGAAGGCAGAAGGGGAGAGAGAAAGGGAGCGAGGGAGGCAAGACAUCGCGAUCGGGGGCCGCGGUCAAGCACAACACGAAGGACACAUGGCUAGAGGCAUAUGUGCCCCUGGACCCCCCCAUUGUGUUCCUGGCAAGCACCCUCAAGGUGUCCAAUCAGUCCGGGACAGUGGUGUUCGAGCGGGCGGUGCUGAACACGCGGCAGGGUUACUCCCCUGAGACAGGGGUCUUCAUCGCGCCAGCCCACGGCCUGUAUCUCUUCACACUGAGCCUGGAUUUUAGGCCAGGCCCGGCACUGGGACAGCUCAUGAGGGGAGAGGUCCUGGUAGCUAGACUGCACCAGAACCACAGGAAACCCGUGGGCCCACUGACCCGGGUCUGCCUACUGGAGCUGACCCAGGGCGAACAGGUCCGACUGGAGCUGCUGCAGGGGUCCCUCGAAAGAGGCAGCCAGGCUGACAACACGUUUGGAGGGGUGCUGCUGUUUAGAACGCCCUGACGACUACCCCAUCCGCUUGUCGCCUUUAAAACAGACAGUGGCUGGUUGUAUAAAAAAAACUCCUCAUUAGAAAUGUAAGUUAUUAUUCCCAAGGUAUUCAUUUAAGUGAAUGAGGGUGGUUUGUGUAAACUACCUGUGUGGCUGGUUUCACAAAUUAGUGCAAGGUUAGAGCUGAUCGGGGUCUGUGAAACCAGUUUAGAAAUCCACAAUUCUUACGGCAAAGGGAAUAUUUUAAUUUAAGGUGUUUUAUGCAACUGUCCACUGGCCCUGAAACUGCAAUGUAUAAUAAUGCAUAAAACUUGGGGACAGAGAAUCUAAUAUCAUCCUUAAACAGCAAUAACUGGAUAGUUUAUUGCACAGAGAAAUCAACACUGACCAGAUACAGGCUUUAGCUCCAAAUAGUUCUUUGUUAUUUCUGAUGAGCCAAAUGUAAUUUAUAGCUUGUUCUGUAACUUUUUUGAAAUGGAUUUCCACUGGUGUUUUAUAAACUGAGACAUAUUAAAAAUGUACACCCCCUUGCUGCAACAGGUGGAGGUAUUGUAAUAAAUAAUACAUGUAUAUGUGUUUCCAUCUGUGUUUAUCGGUGGAUUUUACUGUACUUUGCUUGCUGUAACAUGUUUGCUAAUGUUACCAACAUAAAAAAAUAAGAUGAAAUUCAAGUGGGACAGCAUAUAGCCACAAACAGAAGAAAAACAAACUGAAUAAUCAAUUGAAGGCUAAGUAAUUUUAAUGUGUCAUUAAGCCAUUUUUUUUAGUAUGUGCUUUAAGUUUGAAGCAUGAAAAGCUGAACCCCAUUGAUUUGACAACCUGGGGAAAGUGUGUUGUGAAAGGUGUGGAGAGCUGCUGUCUGUUUCAUUGCAGCUAGAUCACAAACAAAUCUGACUGUCUGACUGUCAAUCUUUCAGCUGUGAAAAUGAGCCUUAUCUGAAAUGCUGAUCCCAUUCUGAACAGGACUCAACAGUUCCUGAUCUCAGACGCUUGCUGAAACCAGUUGUGUUUUUUGACCCCUGCUGAUUCUCUGGUGAACUUAUGUCACUCCUGCAUCAUAUCUGACACUUCUGGAACUAACAGUAUAGAGUCCUAGCCUAGUUUAAGCAGCCUUGCAUUUACUUUUAAAAAACUCAAUAGUUUUCCUCUACAUACAGGACAGGAAAAAAAAAAAAAACAUAAAAUAAAAACAAAACUGAAGAGGACAGAGAUUUAGAAGGAGAGUUUGGAAAGAUGGACUUUCAAAAGUAGAAAAUAAACCACCUUGUUUAAAGACUGGUGAUGUAUACCAAACCCUCUACUUACAUACCGGUGGAUUAAA